ACUAUGAACGGACUUACUGUCAUACCUGUGAUCUAUUGUUACUACCUAAAUAAAUGGAGAAACAUGCAAAAUAUGAAAUUUUAUGUAAUGUAAUGAGUGAAAUGAUCACAAAUGCAAGUUGUUUCUUGAAGCUGAAAGAAAACAAGAAAUCGCAUGCUGUAAGUUUUCAUGUUUAUUUAAAAACAUAGCAUGUUUUGACUGUGAUGAUGUUGUAUUUUCUAUUUUAGCAAUAUCUCUUUAAUAAUGAUGCAUUUGAAUUUUUUUCGAACACUUUUCAAACUCUUGGUUACCAGAAGAUAAUUUGUGUAGGUACUCCUAGGUAUGAAAGGAUGAAAAGAUUCUCCAAAAAUGGGGAAAAACAAUGCACUAUGUCAACAACUACUUGAGAACCCACAUGCGGAUAGCAGCUUCUGAAAUAUUUAAAGAAGAAAAGUCUUCAAGUUUGAGAGCAGUAAUUUUGAAAGUUGUCGAACUUAUGGCAAAGGGAAUAAGUGUUGUAGUUGAUGAUGAAAAUUGGUACAUUGCCAUAAGGAAGUCAUACUCAACAUUAGUCAGGAUCAAGGUCCCAAAUUGUACUUUAAAAGUUCUGCAAUUCAAUCCUCACUUGUGUUCUGGUUAUGAGCAAUGUCUUUGGGCUAGAGAAUGGUAUUUAACUGAAAGAACUUUGAAUGAAGAGAAAGAUUACAAUCUGACAUUCUUGAUUUUACGCAGGUUACAAAUAAGUUCUUACCAAACUGGAAACAUUGAUCGAUAAACAAGAAGAAGCGUUAUCAAUAUUGCGUUAAGCUGAAAGGUGUGAACGAACGAGCACGAGAAAAUUUGGAAGAUGUUGUUCCAAAUGCCUUAGAUUUGUUUGAAAAACGUGCCGGUCUUGACGACGAAAAGUCCAGAAGAAAGUUGAAUGUCAAGAUGUGUUGAAGGAUGAAGGAAAAUGUGACAUAAGUUUAUUCUUAUGUCAGAUUGAAGAGAAGGAAGGAAAAACGUGUCCAUAGAUUUCGAGAUGCCAUACAAGUUGAAGAAAUUGAAAAGAGGGAGAAACAAAGAGUUCCAAAAAAAGGAAGAGAUAAUACGGCAUGGGCAUUGGGUAUUUUAUAAUCAUGAGCAGAAUUUCGACAUGAAAAGACGAAGAUUUAAAUCAUUCUGGAAAGGUGACGUGCGCAACAACGCUGUUGAAAGUGGGCAUUUCGAUUAACAGACCAUCAUGUCUCGUACUGGUCAUCGCAGCACAUCAGUUAG